CCAAAGCUGACCACAAAAAGUACUAGGAACCAAAGGCAAGCAUUCAGCAAUGCAUCCCGUUCCACUGUUCCAGCUUGCACCCGACAAGCCGAACACUUCACCCUUUCCCACUUCACCUCCGCCGUUCCGCAUCUGUGGUCAAAUACGACGCUCGCGUCCAUACCGAUCCGUGUUUGCCCAUUCCUCUCCUCCCACUCGCUUUUCCUCCAAAGCGAGCGAGCUAGGCGUUACGCCGGAGCUCGUUUGGGCGGUGGUGGAGGAGAGAGGAAAGGGAGGAGAUGAAGGCGGUGGAGCGAGCGAAACUGGUGAGGAGCCUCCGGCACGAGUCGCGGCGGCUGCGUCUACUCGUCCUCGUUAUCGGUUUCUUCCUCGUUACUCUCACCUUCGUUGUCGUCUCCAAGCCCGACGCGCUCCUCUUCAACCUGAACGGCAGGCUGUCGGUGGACCAGGCGCCGCGCUCGCUCUUGAUCCGCCAGCGGGUUGACGCCGACGAGGGGAGAUCCGCCGAAACUCUCGCCUCAGCCACCGGAGAUCCAAAGGUGGUCGAAGACGAUACCUACGGCGAGGAAGCCAGCGCCAAAGCCAGAGCCAACGCCAAUGCCCGAGGGACCACUGCCGAGGAGGAACGGAUGCUCGCUAGUGAGCCCGAGCAGAGAAAAAGGGCACAGGAAGCCACUACAUCUGAGAUUUUAGCUGGGGAAGACGACCGGGGAAGGAAAAGCCAGCAAGAGGGACACAAAGAGCACCAGCAGCACAAGUUGACCCUCCCAACUGUUUCGAAUUAUACCAUUCACGAUGCCACUGACGGCACCGACAAUGGCAAACAGGAAGAUACAGAAUUUAAUCUCACUCCAGAUGUUGACCAGAGAAAUGGUCGAGACAGAUCUCAUCAAGCAGCAUUGGAUAAUAUGGAGCGGGACAAACCAUUGUGUGAUUUCUCAAACUUCAGAGCAAAUGUCUGUGAGAUGAGAGGUAACAUCAGAAUACACCCAAAUGGCAGUUCGGUCAUAUACAUGGAACCUACGAGUUCAGGUUCAAAGAGAAACGAACAAUGGAAAAUUAAGCCUUACCCUCGCAAAGGUGAUGAAUUAUGCCUCAAUCAUAUUACAGAGGUGACAGUGAAAUCCAGCAUAGUGGCACCUGAGUGUUCCAAGUACCAUGACGUGCCUGCUGUGAUCUUUGCUCUGACUGGAUACACCGGAAAUCUAUUCCAUGACUUCACCGACGUGCUUGUCCCCCUUUUCACGACUGCAAGCGAGUUCAAUGGUGAAGUUCAGUUCCUAAUCACAGACAUGGCUAUUUGGUGGACAAGGAAGUAUGCUGUGGUGUUUGAGAAGCUAACCAAGUACCCCUUGAUUGAUUUCAACAAAGACAACGAAGUGCAUUGCUUCAACCAUGCCAUUGUCGGCCUUCAUGCUUACAUGGAGUUCACAAUCGACCCGUUAAAGGCUCCACACAAUUACUCAAUGGUGGACUUCAACCAGUUCAUGCGCAGGACCUACUCACUGCCUAGGGAUGCAGUGAGAGCACCUGGUGAGACCCCACAGACCAGGAAGCCAAGGCUGCUGAUUAUCUCGAGGCAAAGGACAAGGAUGUUCCUCAAUCUUAAGGAGAUCGUGGCCAUGGCUGAGGAGAUCGGCUACGAGGUGGUGGUUGAAGAGGCCAAUGUGAACUCCAACGUCGGCCAUUUCGCCAAGGUAGUUAAUUCUGUGGACGUGAUGAUGGGCGUCCAUGGCGCCGGGCUCACAAACUGCGUGUUCCUUCCGCACGGCGCCACACUGAUCCAGAUUGUACCUUGGGGCGCCCUAGAUGGGAUAUGCAGGAUCGAUUUUGGUUACCCAGCAGAACAGAUGGGCCUGAGGUACAAGCACUACAGCAUCGGCGUGCACGAGAGCAGCCUCACGGAGCAGUACCCUUUGGACCACGAGAUCUUCAGAAACCCGCUUGCGUUCCACAAGAACGGGUUCGAGUUCGUCAGGCAGACCUUCAUGGAUACACAGAAUGUAAGGCUUGACUGCAACCGUUUCAGACCUGUGCUCUUGGAGGCUCUUGACCAAUUGAACCAAUAAGGACCCAUUGGUCUAAUUCCACGGCCACUGUACUAGAUUUUUGUUUUCCUUGGCGAUUCUAGUCUCACCAUUUUUCCUCUUUGUAAAAUUUCGUGAUCACUGUAUCUGGUUACAUGAGCAACAUGAAAAUCAAUUGUUUCUCCAAAUGUGUAGGAUCGAAAUCGGGAUUGUACUGUAUUUUGUUUAAUGUAAAUUAGCAGUCGUCGAUCACAGAAAUAUCAGCGAGAAGCUGCUGUUACAUGAUCA